CCUUUCCCCCUCCAGCUGACCUGGAAUGGAAAGACAAGAUUCGAAGGGAACUCAAGAGCAGUAUGCCUGUAUUGUGUAAGUAAGCCCAGCUCAUCGGCUUAUCUCAUUCAUGCACUCCAUUGCUUUCUGCUCUCGUUCGUUACUCGAGUAGUACCACCUGAUUUGGCGCAGACUUUCUGCUUGCUGUAGCGCUUCGAGCAGCGAAGUUCGGUCGGUGACAAGCGUUUUCCAAUUCCGUGCGUAGGAAAUCGGGAUAAUGGCGGGGGUAGCAGGCGACUACUACGAGCGACACGGCCCGAUUGCGACAAUGACGAACGGCGAAGACGGCCACGUGGCGAUGGCGCCUCGAGGAGGCUCGCACAGCUUCGCUAAGGCGUGGAGCAGCGAGCGGCUCUCAGACGGCGAGGAGGGGUGGGAGGCGGAGCUGAGGCGGCGGGAGGGCGUGGAGUUCACGCGGGACGUGAAGCAGUGGCUGUGCGACCGAACGGACUUCGGCGAGGCGUGGAAGUGGACCCACAUCACCAUGCGUGAGGCAUUGGAGACGAGUCAAGCGGUGCAGCCGGUGCGGUUCUAUCUCAUGCCGUCGCACAGCUGCCUCUACAGCGCCUGGAGCUUCUGCAGGCUGAUGGUGGGGCACCCAGAGAUCGUCCACGGGGGCGCCACAGCCUUCGCGUUUGACGAAACUUUUGGGCUCUUGUUCGCCACGCUGAAUCUGGGUCCGGGAUUCACUGCCAACAUCAACAUCAACUACCGCAAGCCCCUACCAGCCGACAUGGUUGCAUGCCUGCAGGCCUCCUUGGAAAGAAGAGAAGGCCGCAAGGUUUACCUGAAGGGGUCGCUGCGCAGUGCUCCGGAUGGAGAUAUUUUCUCAGAAGCUACUGCUCUCUUCAUCAUCCCCAAGAAGCAGCAGGAGCAAUAGCCGCAGGGCAGGGAGGCAUAUAAUGCAAGCAGUUUCUUGUUAAGUACAUUGCGAAGGGUGUGCCUCAAGAAAAGGUCCAGGCUCUGGAGUGAGGAGCUCUGAAGCAUAUAAUUGACUGCUGCUUUGAGGAGAUUUUCAACUAUGUAAUAUCUACAUAAUGACAUGACAGGACAUGUUUCCUU